AGUUUGGGCGGUGUCAACCGUGCGCGCUAAACCCCGCCCCUAUGACGUGCUCAUCCUCGCUGUGCCGGCACUCGUGUUGAAGAGGCGCCCCUCGGACUGAUGCAAUAAUGAUUUGUCUCUUUAUGACCAUCUUUGCAAAUAUUUUCCAGACAGCAUGGACAGGUGUCAACGAGCGCACUUUUGUUGCCGUAAAGCCCGAUGGCGUGCAGCGCCGCUUAGUGGGACUGAUCCUCAACCGAUUUGAGCAGAAAGGUUUCAAGCUGGUGGGGCUAAAGCUGAUGCAGGCAUCAGAAGGCCUCCUGAAAGACCACUACAUCGAACUAAGAGAGAAGCCCUUCUAUGAACAUCUGAUUCGCUACAUGAGCUCCGGGCCUGUGGUCGCAAUGGUCUGGCAAGGCUUCAAUGUGGUGAAGAUGGCCCGGAAGAUGUUAGGUGAAACAAACCCGGCUGAUUCACUUCCAGGCACAAUCAGAGGAGAUUUUUGCGUGGAUGUCAGCAGGAAUGUUGUCCAUGGCAGCGACUCCAUCCAGAGUGCCCGGCGUGAAAUCCUCCUUUGGUUCAGGCAGGAUGAGCUGAUUUGCUGGGACGAGUCGGCAGAGCCCUGGAUCUACGAGUGAAGCGCCGGGCCUUCCUGCCGUCCAGCCAAGUGCUUUCAAACACCUGCCGAGUUUCACACACACGACGCGUCUACAAGUAGCAGCGCUGACUUCCGGGAUGUUUUCUACCUCAUUUGAACGCGGAGCCGAUUCUGUACAUGUUUGAUUCUGGCCAGCCGGCAGAGGGGUGGGGAAGGUCA